AUUAUUGUCUGUUUUUCCCAGAUUUAUUCCAAGACGUGUGAGCCAAAAAUCACAAAUGAGAUCAGUUACAAUGGGUGGGAUGUUCCUAUAGUAGUCUAAUGCAUUAAAUAAUGUUUAAGGUAGUCUGACAUGCUAACCUCAUCUAGACAGACCUCCCUAUUGUGUGCAGAUUUAUUGAGGUGAAUUCAUCUCUUGAUAACUGCCUGUAAUCCUGCAAAUAAUCUCUUGAAUUGCUCGUGCCAUUUAUAAAUCAUUGAUUUGAAUAUUGUAAUGCGACGGCUAGACUUGAAACUAAACAUAUUUUGGUGAAGAAGUACAGGGACAGAUCACAUACUAAAUUUAUUUCCCAAACAAUAGUAAAGGAAGCAGGGGAAUGCGCGCUCACGAUCGGGCUGUCUGACAGAAAAAGGGAAUGCGCGCUCACGGUCAGUGCGCAGCUUUCGCUCGACGCUUCAUUUAUUUACGCUUGAAACAAACUCAUGGUAACAUCUUGCCUUUGAGCCCGACUAGGACGUAUUCAUUCAAAGGAAAUAGGCUGUUCAAACGUCUCGAUGUCAUAUGACAGAGUCAUAAGUAGUUCAGUGAAGUGAUGUGGACAAAAAAGAUAAGAGGUUGCAGGAGCCGGAAUGACACAGGGCUUUCCUACAGUGACCCCAUUUCUGCUUCUCUUCCUGAUAGGAUUUGCAAUGGCUGAUAUCCAGCUCUGGCCAUCAAUGCACAUUGCUUUGAGCAAUGCCAGCGUGUUUGUGAAUUACAGUGCUGACGGCAACUCCACCGCCUACAAAUUGACCCUGUCGCUGAUUGACAUCGACAAACAUGUUACAGUAUUCACCAGACCACUUCCUGUUGACCAAUCAGAAGGGUCACUGGAGUUCGACUGCUCCUACUUCCUGUUUGCAGGUAAUUUCAGAUUCAGACUGGAGCAUAGAUAUAACCAGGCUGUGUCAAACCAGAGCGCCAUCUGGCGGUGGAGCCCGGUUCUCCAUGUGCACUGGCCAACCUUUCACCUGACUGUUGAACGUGCCAACAACAACCGAAGCUCUAAUGGCUUUAGGAUUGGCGUGCACACCAAUGACAACUUCCACCCUUGUCCCAAUGGAAAAGCCUCAUCUCUCGACCUUGAUGUCAGCUACCUGGAGCAAGUCCAGAUAGGCAGGAACACCAUUGACAAGGUGCAAAACCGAAUAAGACACAACAUUAAAUUGGUCAGGUCUCAGCAUGUUGAGAUGGUUUGUGCUUCCUCUUUGACAGAACAUGGAUUUAUUCAGAUUUCCAUAAAGUCCCCACAUACUCAACAAGACAUCACAUCCUCCGGUCCGUUGUACCUGUCAAGCAUCUUUUCCUACAAGCUUCUCGUGGAUGACAUCUACAAAAGCGGUUGCGUUGAAACCGUAUCUGUCCGUCGAAUUGCUCCUCCUUGUAUGGUUACUAAUGGAAAAGUUCUACUGUAUAAGGAAGAUGGGAAAGAGAAGCCCGCUUCCACUCAUCUGGCCUUCAACUUCCUUACUCAAGUGGAGAACGAGACUGAAUUUAACUGCUCUCUCUUUGAUGUCGGCAAGAAUAAAUACUGCUUCAAUUUCACGCUGGUCUACAGUCAAGCUCCCAGUUUAGCACAAACCUGUGUGGUUGUGCAACGGCAUACAACGAUGUGGGGUCCUUGGCAGCCAUGGAGUGGUUGCAGUGUGACGUGUGGGGAAGGAGUUCGAGAGCGUGUUCGUGAAUGUCUGCUGCCAUCUGGAGGUGGGAUGCGAUGCACUGGCAUGGUUAGGGAGCAGUCGCACUGUUGGCUAGAGGGCUGCAUUGAGGAGAUUCCAGCUCCAUCCCUCACUCCUCCACCGGAUGUGAGUUCCACCCUUGCUGGGAAUCUAGUAGUAGUGGCUGGGAUCACCUUGUGCCUGGCUGUGAUCCUGGCCACCAUCUUUAUCACAGUGUGGAGAAAACUCUGCCGUGCUCCCAAGUGCAGCUCCAUGCGGCGUGGUUCCACGCACUCUCCAAGUGGCCGGAAGAACUCUGAUGAAGCUUCGAUCUUUGGUCACAGCCUGCAAAGACCCAGUUUUUCUGACAGUUUGCAAGCAACUUCCCCGCAGAAGGGGCUUACCUUGCCUGCAAAACAGGAGCCGUUAGACCGAGGUGUGUUGGCUCGUCAGCAAAGCAUGUCUCUUCCCCUUCCUCAAGACCCUGAGAGGAUGUCCCCUUCUGGCCAAAAGAUUGUUCCGCCUAUUUUUGGAUACCGCUUGGCUCAACAGCAGCUGAAGGAGAUGAAGAAGAAGGGGUUGAAAGAGGCCACUCAAGUCUACCAUGUGUCCCAGAGUCCUGUUGAUGAUACCAUGCUGGAGGCCACACCUUCAAGCCAUACCGGUUUAACUCCAGUGCCUAAGGAAGUCGACAGCCCGGAGGAAGCUAGCAGCAGUCACUUCCGAAUAAAGUCUCCUUUUCUUGAACCGACAUGGCCUCCGAAAAACACAGGAGCUCUGUUGGAUAGACACAAAGUAGACAUGUUGCUGGGUCCACCAAAGUCUGCGUUCAGUGCCAGUGCCCGUCGUCUUGAGCGCACGGCAGAUUGGGUGGAGAUGGUCGAGCGCAGUAGAGUAAACUACCCAAAGAAUCCAAAUUUCAGGAGAACGUCAAGCUUCCACGACAACAACCAACAUUUGCCUCCAUCACGACCCUUCAGAGAGAGAAGUAUGACCCAAGUGACUCCUCGACAGCUUCCAGAUGGGAGUUGUAGAAACAGAACGUGGGAGCAUACACUACCUGAACUUGAGGUCUGGUCCUGCCCCAAUCCCAAAAUAACUGAUAGGUCAGUUGACCAAAGGAGGCGGCCAUGGGUAGACACAGUCUCUUCCCAGUCAAACUGUAAAGGUAAUACCUUAGUAGUUCCCAAUUCAGCUCCAGUGACACCCACAAAAGAACCCUUGGUGGAUCGUCACAGGAUCGCUCGGAGCCCGUCCUCCCCUAUGGAGAGAGCAGAAAGAGCAGAACAAAACUGGAACAAAAGAGGACCCUCCCCUAUUCAGAGGAACAUCUUAGCCAGGAAGCUAAAAGAAGCGAAUUCGUCUUCCUGUCAAAGGCAACGCAGUUCCACAUUUUCUACCUCAGAGCAGCGCAGGGGGCGCUGUCGUAGUCUUCCUCUCUCUGCAGACUUCAGCAACUCCCCUUAUAUACUUACUGAGUCAGAACAGCGAAUGAUGGACAUUUCUGGAUACUUGGGUGAAGAAGAUGGAGUAGAAAUUCUGAAUGUUCAUAAACUUACAUAAUCAAAGUUUUGGGGAAGGUUCUUACACUCUACUAAAGGUAACUGUUGUGUUACAAGUGACCAGUUGCAGUUCGUGACUGCUCAUCCGAGGGGCGAAAAAUUCAGAAUAUGUGUUUGGAGUGUCAUGUGUGUUGCUUGUGUUUUCAAAAUAAGUGUUUUUUGCGUCAUGUGAACCAUGUGCAUCACAUGUUUUGUCAAAAUAAGGGCCUGCUGCACACGCGUCAAAAUCGUUUAUGAUAAAAGAGACGCUCGCGUUCACAAAAUACACGCAAGACACUCCCUUAACAGUAAACUCUGAUUAUGCAUGAGAUUAUGCGAGUAUCUGGCAAACGCGAGCGUCUCUUUUAUCAUAAACCCUUUAGACGCGUCUGCAGCAGGCACUUAUUUUGACAAAACACGUGAUGCACAUAAGAUCGCUCAAUGCGCAGAACACAUAUUUUGAAAUGACGAACCACACACAUGAUGGGCUACAUACAUGUUGUGACGAACAUCGCAUCGAGCACCAUCGAAAAAAGUCACCGGCCGCCACUGCAAGUGAAUGGAAAAUUUUCAGUUGGAUAAGUCUGAAGUUUUUUUAUACAUAUAAAUGAUAUAAAUGUCAUUUUAAUUUUGUUUUGUGGACAUGUGGGCACAUCACAACCUAGUUUUAUGAGCUAAUGGAACAAUUAUUUUCUUCAAAUAAAAUCUACACUGUAAAAAAUCUGCACUUAAUUUACAAGUCAUUUUAACUGUAUUUACUAGUGAUGCAUUGCUGUAACUUAUAAAAUUAAGUUUGACAUAACUCAUGCAAAUUCAAAUUGAUUUAAUAAUUUACAACAACUCAUCACUUGUCAAGAUGAAGUUGAAAUAACUUGUAAAUCGUAGCUGAUUAAACUUAAAAAUGUAAGUGCAAAAAUAUUUUUACAGUGUGUCCAUAUUCAUGCAUGAUGCAUUGCAUUUUAGUAUCAGUUUGUGCCUUUAGUUUUACAUUGACAAACAUUAUAUUUCUUUUACAUAAAUUACACAUAUGAAAGUGACACAUAAGACACAAAAACAUUCUUUGGAUAGUUUGUACACUGGAAAAGUGCUGUUUGGGAAAAACAUAAACAUGUGUAUACAUUUCUUAAGUUUCUGGCAUUGCUUAUUUAGUCAAAGACGCAAAACUUUAGUCAAAAAGAAAAAACAUUGCACUUUUGAAAAUGAUACCUCAAUAUGUUUAGAUGCUUUAUUAAGUUAUAUAUGAAGG